UUCCAACGUGGGGUAAACAAGAGCCGCGCGCCGACCCGGAAAUAAAAGCGGGAGUUUGGCCGGGCUGGAAGCAGUCCGGGGAAGGGCAGCUAUGGCUGUGGUCUUAGCUCCGGUUGGAGCGCCCUGCGGUUCGGAGCCGGGCCCCGCGGAGGAACUCGCCAAGCUCGAGUAUCUGUCCUUGGUGUCCAAGGUUUGCACGGAGCUGGACAACCACCUGGGGAUCAACGACAAGGAUCUCGCUGAGUUUGUGAUCAGUCUCGCUGAGAAAAAUACCACCUUUGACACUUUCAAGGCUUCCCUGGUAAAAAACGGCGCAGAAUUUACGGACUCCCUGGUCAGCAACCUGCUGCGCCUCAUCCAGACCAUGCGACCCCCGGCAAAGCCAUCCACGAGCAAAGAUCCGGUUGUGAAGCCCAGGAGUGAGAAGGAGAAGCUGAAGGAGCUGUUCCCCGGGCUCUGCCAGCCUGACGAUCCUGCCGUCCGGACCAUGCUGGACGAGGAUGACGUGAAGGUCGCCGUGGACGUCCUGAAAGAGCUGGAGGCCCUGAUGCCCAGCGCCACGGGCCAGGAGAAGCAGAGAGACGCGGAGCACCGGGACAGGAUGAAGAAGAAAAAGCGGAGCCGGAGCCGGGACCGGGACCGGGACAGAGUCAGAGACAGAGGAGACCGAGACCACAGGCACAGGCACCCGUCCUGCUCGCGGUCUCACUCCCGGGCCCAGGAGAGGAAUAGAGGGAAGUCCAGGUACCGGUCCAGGAGCAGGAGCCAGAGCCCCGCCAAGGACCGGAAGGACCCCCGGGACAAGUAUGGGGAGAGGAGCCUGGACAGGUGGCGGGACAAGCACGUGGACCGCCCGCCACCCGAGGAGCCGGCCAUUGGCGACAUCUACAAUGGCAAGGUCACCAGCAUCAUGCAGUUCGGGUGCUUCGUGCAGCUGGAGGGGCUGAGGAAGCGGUGGGAAGGCCUGGUGCACAUCUCUGAGCUGCGGCGUGAGGGCCGCGUGGCCAACGUGGCGGACGUGGUGAGCAAGGGCCAGCGGGUCAAGGUCAAAGUGCUGUCCUUCACGGGGACCAAGACCAGCCUGAGCAUGAAGGACGUGGACCAGGAGAGCGGAGAGGACCUGAACCCAAACCGGCGGCGGAACCUGGUCGGGGAGGCCAGCGAGGAGACGUCUAUGCGGAACCCGGACCGGCCCAGCCACCUGUCGCUGGUCAGCGCCCCCGAGGUGGAGGAUGAUUCCCUGGAGCGCAAGCGUCUGACGCGUAUCUCGGACCCCGAGAAGUGGGAGAUCAAGCAGAUGAUCGCGGCCAACGUCCUCUCCAAGGAGGAGUUUCCGGACUUCGACGAGGAGACGGGCAUCCUCCCGAAGGUGGACGACGAGGAAGAUGAGGACCUGGAGAUAGAGCUGGUGGAGGAGGAGCCCCCAUUCCUGCGAGGCCACACAAAGCAGAGCAUGGACAUGAGCCCCAUCAAGAUCGUCAAGAACCCAGACGGCUCCCUGUCCCAGGCCGCCAUGAUGCAGAGCGCGCUGGCCAAGGAGCGGCGGGAGCUGAAGCAGGCGCAGCGGGAGGCCGAGAUGGACUCCAUCCCCAUGGGCCUCAACAAGCACUGGGUCGACCCCCUGCCUGACGCUGAGGGCAGGCAGAUCGCGGCCAACAUGCGGGGCAUCGGGGUGAUGCCCAGCGACAUCCCCGAGUGGAAGAAGCACGCGUUCGGGGGCAACAAGGCGUCCUACGGCAAGAAGACGCAGCUGUCCAUCGUGGAGCAGCGGGAGGGGCUGCCCAUCUACAGGCUGAAGGGCCAGCUGGUGCAGGCGGUCCACGACAACCAGAUCCUCAUCGUCAUUGGCGAGACAGGGUCUGGGAAGACCACACAGAUCACCCAGUACCUGGCAGAGGCCGGCUACACGUCUCGGGGCAAGAUCGGCUGCACCCAGCCCAGGCGUGUGGCCGCCAUGUCCGUUGCCAAGAGGGUGUCAGAGGAGUUUGGCUGCUGCCUGGGGCAGGAGGUGGGCUACACCAUCCGCUUCGAGGACUGCACCAGUCCUGAGACCGUCAUCAAGUACAUGACAGACGGCAUGCUGCUGCGCGAGUGCCUGAUCGACCCUGACCUGACGCAGUACGCCAUCAUCAUGCUGGACGAGGCCCACGAGCGCACGAUCCACACCGACGUCCUCUUCGGGCUGCUGAAGAAGACGGUGCAGAAGCGGCAGGACAUGAAGCUGAUUGUCACCUCGGCCACGCUGGACGCGGUCAAGUUCUCCCAGUAUUUCUACGAGGCUCCCAUCUUCACCAUCCCGGGCCGCACCUACCCCGUGGAGAUCCUGUACACCAAGGAGCCCGAGACCGACUACCUGGACGCCAGCCUCAUCACUGUCAUGCAGAUCCACCUCACUGAGCCGCCAGGUGACAUCCUGGUCUUCCUGACCGGGCAGGAGGAGAUUGACACGGCCUGUGAGAUCCUCUACGAGAGGAUGAAGUCGCUGGGCCCCGAUGUCCCCGAGCUGAUCAUCCUGCCCGUGUACUCUGCUCUGCCCAGCGAGAUGCAGACCCGAAUCUUCGACCCGGCCCCACCCGGCAGCAGGAAGGUCGUGAUUGCCACCAACAUCGCAGAGACCUCGCUGACCAUCGAUGGCAUCUACUAUGUGGUGGAUCCUGGCUUUGUGAAGCAGAAGGUCUACAACUCCAAGACGGGCAUCGACCAGCUCGUGGUGACGCCCAUCUCGCAGGCCCAGGCAAAGCAGCGUGCGGGCAGGGCAGGCCGCACGGGCCCUGGCAAGUGCUACCGGCUGUACACGGAGCGUGCCUACCGCGACGAGAUGCUCACCACCAACGUGCCCGAGAUCCAGAGGACCAACCUGGCCAGCACCGUGCUGUCCCUCAAGGCCAUGGGCAUCAACGACCUGCUGUCCUUCGACUUCAUGGACGCCCCCCCGAUGGAGACCCUCAUCACGGCCAUGGAGCAGCUCUACACACUGGGGGCCCUGGACGACGAGGGCCUGCUUACCCGCCUGGGCCGCAGGAUGGCGGAGUUCCCGCUGGAGCCGAUGCUGUGCAAGAUGCUCAUCAUGUCAGUGCACCUGGGCUGCAGCGAGGAGAUGCUGACCAUCGUGUCCAUGCUGUCCGUGCAGAACGUCUUCUACAGGCCCAAGGACAAACAAGCCCUCGCUGACCAGAAGAAGGCCAAGUUCCACCAGACGGAGGGUGACCACCUCACACUGCUGGCCGUGUACAACUCCUGGAAAAACAACAAGUUCUCCAACCCCUGGUGCUAUGAGAACUUCAUCCAGGCCCGCUCCCUGCGCCGGGCGCAGGACAUCCGCAAGCAGAUGCUGGGCAUCAUGGACAGGCACAAGCUGGACGUAGUGUCAUGUGGCAAGUCCACAGUGCGUGUGCAGAAGGCCAUCUGCAGCGGCUUCUUUCGUAACGCAGCCAAGAAGGACCCGCAGGAGGGCUACCGCACGCUCAUCGACCAGCAGGUGGUCUACAUCCACCCCUCCAGCGCCCUCUUCAACCGGCAGCCUGAGUGGGUGGUGUACCACGAGCUGGUGCUGACCACGAAGGAGUACAUGCGCGAGGUCACCACCAUCGACCCGCGCUGGCUGGUGGAGUUCGCCCCCGCCUUCUUCAAGGUCUCCGACCCCACCAAGCUCAGCAAGCAGAAGAAGCAGCAGCGCCUGGAGCCCCUGUACAACCGCUACGAGGAGCCCAACGCCUGGAGGAUCUCGAGAGCCUUCCGGCGGCGCUGAGGCCCUGGGCCCGCACCCUGGCCGUGCAGUCCCGCAGGGUGGAGCUGCACCCUCACCUCCGUCGGGGACUUUUGGGGUCACCCUGUAUCGCUUCCAGGAGGGCGGCCCGGGGGACGGGAGCCCGAUGCUGUCUGCACCCUGCCCUCCCAGCCCUCCGCGUCCUUCCCGUCACCUCUGGAGAUAUUUAUUUUCUUAAGGAAACGAGAAUGGCUUCCUGUGGUGUGUCUUUAGCUGAGGGGCCACCGCUCUGCACUCUAGGGGUGUGGUGGAGAAUCCUGUAGCUGAUCUGGGCACCAAGGCCCGGCUCUGCCAGAGUGGCCCGAGUUACCGGCCUUGUAGGGUGCUGCCAGCUGGCCCUGCUCAGUGUGCACCGUGUCGUUUCCUUUGGAGGCGUCCUGGGCGAGGGCACAAGUGUGCUUCACUCCGUGUGUGUGUGUGUGUGUGUGUGUGUGUGUGUGUGUGCAUGCGCGUGCGUGCACACGUGCGCAUCCUCUGGGGACUUCAGUGGAUUUUGCAUCCCUGUCGCCCCCACCCCAGCACAAAGCUGACCUUGUGCCCCAGAUCUUGCUCUUGGUUCUCUCUGCUUCCUGUUGGGCAGUGGCCACUGCUACCCCAUGAGUUCAUGGUGCUGGGGGCCCCGCGGUACCGGACAUGAGGCCGUGCUGCUGAGGGUCACACACAGGUGUCAUCACCAGGCAGCAGAACGCACCCUGUGGACGCUGUUCAUGGGGUGUGGGCUGCUGAGCUGGGUGCCCCCGUCUUAACUCCUGCCCAGAUCUCUGUGCCAAGGCUGCUCCUGGGCCCAGACUGCCCUGGUGCUGUGCCUAGCACCCACUCUAAGGAGAGAAGCUUGGGUUUUGUUGCAAUGGGGGUAGAACUGGGGGAGCCCUACCUCCACUGCAUCCCAGCCUUUUCAAGACAGAGCCCCCCAGAGUUGGCCUCGAGCUUGGGAUGCUCCUGCCUCAGCCUCCCCCCCCUGUAGCUAGGUUAGCAUGUAUGCAUCACCACCUGCAGCAGUGUGGGGUCUCUGCUGUCCAUCGGAGCAGCUGUGGUGACGGUCACCUGGGGGUGGGAGGGCAGCUGUUGUGUUCGUGUCAGGCUGGGGGCGCGGGUUUCUUGUCUACCCAGAGCCACCAUCCUGGGAUGCAGGCAGCCAAGGUCAGUGCUGGACUCCGCUUCCCUGCCCUCCCACCUUGAGGACUGCUCCCCUCUCCCCGACCUGGGGCUCCCACCUGACCGGCGAUCCUUCCCCCAGUGGC